CGUGCGGGCCGUGACGUGGAGGCGGCGGCGGAACUACGUGUGCGUGUGUGUGCGUGCGGGUGUUUGGGUCGGGGCGCAGGAGGCGGCGGAAGUCGGCGGCGGCCUCUGGGUGAGGCCCGGCUGCGCCCCCGCCCCUCGCCCCCACCGCGGGGCCGCCUCCCCCUGCCCUCCUCGCGCCCUCCUCCUGCUGCAGCCCGGCCGGACAGACAGACAGAGGGACGGGCGGAACGGACAGACGCCGUGUGUGGCCGGGUCACAAACACAAGGCAGACAGGGAUGAAUACAAGAUUGGAAUAUCCUACCUGGAAGAAGUUAAAUUAUUUUGAGGCUGUUACCAGCAGAAGCACCCCUGAGUUCUGAAUCCUGGACUUGCUUUCAAGAACUUGAAACAAAGGACUUCUUUCUAGUUUGGGCAUGGCUAAUCGAGGAGCAACAAGACCCAAUGGGCCAAAUGCUGGAAAUAAAAUUUGCCAAUUCAAAUUAGUACUUCUAGGAGAGUCUGCAGUUGGUAAAUCAAGUUUGGUGCUUCGUUUUGUAAAAGGACAGUUUCAUGAGUUUCAAGAAAGUACAAUUGGAGCUGCUUUUCUAACACAGACUGUGUGUCUUGAUGAUACAACGGUAAAAUUUGAAAUCUGGGAUACAGCUGGGCAAGAGCGGUAUCACAGUUUAGCACCCAUGUACUACAGAGGAGCACAAGCAGCUAUAGUUGUAUACGACAUUACAAAUGAGGAGUCCUUUGCCAGAGCGAAAAAUUGGGUCAAGGAACUUCAGCGACAAGCAAGUCCUAACAUUGUAAUAGCUUUAGCAGGAAACAAAGCUGAUCUAGCUAACAAAAGAGCUGUGGAUUUUCAGGAAGCACAGGCUUAUGCAGAUGACAACAGUUUAUUGUUCAUGGAGACAUCUGCCAAAACAUCUAUGAACGUAAAUGAAAUAUUUAUGGCAAUUGCAAAAAAAUUGCCAAAGAAUGAACCACAGAGUACAGGAGCCAACUCUGCCCGAGGAAGAGGAGUAGACCUUACUGAACCCACACAACAACCCAAGAGUCAAUGUUGUAGUAACUAAAACAUCAAUUGCUCUAAACUGUUCUGAAUAUUCUUCUGCUUCCUAACUGUUAAUAACCAUGGAAUUGGAGUGCUUAACCUGGCCCAAUACAGCUUCCAAACAGCGAAGAGACUUACAAUAAUAGUCAAGUUUAUGAUACAGAAUUUCCUUUUGACCUAAAAUUUUAACAUGCAUGUAUCUGCCACUGUCUGUAAUGUUUCAGCAGUAGAGGAGUGAUGGAAGCGGAAUAAACUUCCUUCAGUUGAAAGGUUUUAAAAAUCACUCACCAGUAGGGAUAUAGAAGAACUACUUUCGAUGGACCUAAUUGGCCAGUUCCUGUAGCUUCAAUACUGAUUACUGUUAAAAUGAAUAGAAUUUGAUCUUUUCAUAAUUCUCAAUUGUGCUUUAAAACAGUUUUAGAAACAGGGUCUAAAAAUUAAACUUAUUCACAGUAUUGAUGCAACCAGUUGUUUCUGCAGGUAUCUACUGUUUAGUUAUACAUUCCAUAGUUUAAUAAUUUAAUUACAAAUACUUGCAUUAACAAUUUUAAGAACCCUAUGCUUGCAGGAAAGUGGAGUUUUAGUUGGUACACUGUAUGUAAAUUAUAUCAACCCAGUUAGUUGUCUAAAGCGAAUAGUGAUAAAUCAAGUUUAACUUCAUUUCUAAUCUGUUCAGAAGGUACAAACCAGUAAAUUCAACUUUGCAACAUAGGAUUUUUUUUCCUUUGCAAACUGUAAAGAGCUCUUCAAGUAAAACCACAACAAACUUGGUGUCUGUGACUUCUUUCUUGUUUUGAUCAUUGCUGGCCAUUACAGUUUGUUUUUCCCCUAAGGAAAAAAUAGUGCACUAACAAUUAUGGACAUUCAACUUGAUUUUGAAUUUGGAUAUUAAUGUACUGUAAAUAGGUACUCUGCAUUGUAGUCUACAUUUGUUUAAUACUUUCUGUAAUAUUUAAGAGUUGCUUAAAGGUAUACAGAAUGUACAGUUACUUAAAGCUAACUUUUUUCCUCUCUAAUCAAAGGGGGUUCUAAGUUCUUCCUUUACGGCUAGAACAGUAAUAAAUGAUGCUCCUGUAUCUGUAACAUAAGUACUGCUGUCUGUCAGUAAUGAACUUUGCAACUUUGUUUUCCAAAGUACAUUUUAUUUUGAUCUGUCCAGUAUAUUGCACUAAUUCUUUUAGUUAUUUUCAUUAUAUGAAAUCUACCAAGUGUGUCAGAAAAGAUGAAUUAGUCUAUUUAAAUGUUGAACUGAUAGCAGAAACUUACUUGUGCAGAUUUUAAAUUUGCAGUAAUCUGGGUUUAGCAAGGAAAAUGACAGUUCACCAGUGUUUAGUUUUAUAUUGAGGUGCUCAGGUUUGAAUAAAGUGGUUAAAAAAGAAA